AUGGGGAAGGGAGGUAGUAGUGUAAAUGCAAACGAGAGGGCAAGAAAGCACCCUACCUAUGUAGGUGUGAGAAAGAGGAAGUGGGGAAUGUGGGUGUCAGAAAUCAGAGAGCCAAGGAAGGAGAAGAGGAUAUGGCUUGGUUCAUUCCCCACACCAGAGAUGGCAGCUCGUGCACACGAUGCAGCUGCGUUUGCCUUAAGAGGGGAGUCAGCCAAUUUAAAUUUCCCUGACUUAAUUCAUUCUCUUCCUUGCCCUGCAACUUCCUCUGCAAUAGACAUUCAGGCGGCUGCAUUCGAAGCUGCAUACUCUUAUUCUCAACAGCCAGUGAAUCAACAAGUACCACAGCUGUGCUCUAGCAUCAACAUUGAUGAUGGUUUUCAUAACCCAGAGGCUUUUCCACAAAAUCAAUCUCAACUGACUAAUAAUGCAGUAGCUCAAAAGGAAAAGAAUGUGAUGGUGGAUUCAUGGUUGGAUUGGCCAAACUUGCUAAUGAACAUUGCAGAUGGAGUGCUGAUCGGAUCUUUUCUCGUCUUUGAGAGCCCUUUGACUGGAGAAGAAGAGCUAGAUCAUCAAUUUACAUCUCUUUGGGAUUUUACUUAG